GCGCACUUCCGGGUGUUGUCUGGGCGCCGCCGCCGCCGCCGCGCGUCUCCGGUCUCCGAUCUCCGGUCUCCAGGCCUGGUCGCAUCAGCGUCUCAGCUCCGGGAGACCAGCGCGCACGCCACCACCAUGGCCGGCAUCAAAGCUUUGAUUAGUUUGUCCUUUGGAGGAGCAAUUGGGUUGAUGUUUUUGAUGCUUGGAUGUGCCCUUCCGAAAUACAACCAAUACUGGCCCCUCUUUGUUCUGUUUUUUUACAUCCUUUCACCUAUUCCAUACUGCAUAGCAAGAAGAUUAGUGGAUGAUACAGAUGCUAUGAGUAAUGCUUGUAAGGAACUUGCCAUAUUUCUUACAACAGGCAUCGUUGUCUCAGCUUUUGGACUCCCUAUUGUGUUUGCCAGAGCACAUCUGAUUGAAUGGGGAGCUUGUGCACUUGUUCUCACAGGAAAUACAGUCAUCUUUGCAACUAUAUUGGGCUUUUUCUUGGUUUUUGGAAGUAAUGAUGACUUCAGCUGGCAGCAGUGGUGAAAGGACCUUCUGAACUACUGUCAAGUAGACUUGUCAUUUGUCAGUCAUCCCUGCACACAGGAGAAGGGGCACAGCGCUGAGUGGUAGAAGCAAGCCUCCUGGAGUAUUCUAGGUGCUCCCUUCUCAUUUUAUUGUAAGCGUACUAUUUUCACAGAGACUUGCCGAAGGAUUAAAAGGAUUUUCUCUUUUGGAAAAGCUUGAUUGAUUCAUAUGUAACCAUAUGUGCUUUUUGUGGGGUCCUGCUGAAUUUAAAUGCUUAUGUGUUUUUCCCUGUUCCUUUUGUUUAAAGUCUAUAUGCAAUGUUAAACAUUUUUUAAAUGUAAUAACCAUUUACAUUGGUUAGGAAUUUGAAAUUCUGCUAGCUUGUAUUACUGGACUAAAGUUAUAUUUUCUCUUAAAAUUAUUUAGCUGCCAUUAUUUCAAAAAGUUAGGAAAUGAGUUUUCAGUCAGUCAGGAUGAUACCACUCCCAAUUUUAUGCAAACAUGCAGACCGUUGGCAUUCUUUAUAGACUAUAUACUCAGAGCAAAUAUCACUGCAUUUAUACCUCAGAGGGGUCAAGUAUUAAUUCCCCUGCCCUCUAUAAGGGUUGCUGAUUUUGCAAGUUAGCAGGAGUUUUGUGUAUUGAGAUUUUAUGAAGUUGCUACAGAGCGUGCUUUUCUUCUCAAUUGUUAAAACUUGUUCAACUUUAAGGAUGUAAAAACAGAUUUUUCAGAUGGUUUUUAUUUAUGUUUCUUAUAUAGUAGAGUGAGUUGCAUUGUGGGAAGAAGUGUUGAAAUUCACUUUGAAUCCUUUUUUUAUUUAUAAAUGAAGUUUUGGAUUUCUCUCAGCCUUUGAUGUUUUACCAUGGAUAAAAUGGACGUACAUGGAACUACUGCUGGUGAGGGAAAGUUGUUUAUUGGGCCAUAUAUGCCAGAAAACCUUUCCCCGCUUUCUCCUUUUAACUUAUUUUAUAUGUUGUAUAUAUUAGUAAAAUAAUUUUUUGAAUAUAGUUUAAUAACACUUUAAAUUAGAAGUGUUUAACUUACCUGAGAUAUAACUGCUAUGCCAUACAUUCAGAGCGUUCCUGCCCUGCAAGGCCUUGAUAUGAUUAACAAGUGACUUGUUAGUCUUUCAGAUAAUUCACGCAUUAACAAGUUAAGACUUAGACCAUGAUCAUUAGAGCUCUUUAUUCUCUAUGGUUAUAUCAUAUGUAAUUUAUAACUGCUGAAGAAAAUUUCCUGUAUACCUCUCAACUGUUUUGAUUUUUAUAUCAUCAUGAUAGAGACCAGCUAUUAUUUCCUUCUAAAUGUGUGAACUAAUGCAAAGUAGCCAAAUCCAACUGUAUAGCAAUUUUAGAGACAACUUGACCAAAAAAUUCUCAGUAACCAGGCAUGAUCAAAUGUAGUAGUUAGUUGUGUCUCAUCAUUAUCAAUACUUUUUUCAGAAGCUAAUUACAAAAAAUUAGCAAAAGUUGGCCUGAGAAUGUUUUGUUAAUAUUUGUUGAUUCCAAAUACUCACAUAAAAGUUGUUUUUCCUUUAGGAAAAAAAUGGGGCAAUCAAAACAGCUAUCUUUUUGUUUUAUAAAGUUUAUUUCUGAAGAAAAUGGGAACAAAUUUGGGGUUUGUUCAGCUUUUUACUGAAAAUGCUUAAAAGCCACAGUUUUUAUUACUGAACCCUAAUUGUUACUUUUGGCUGUGAUUGGAAGCAGGGUAAAUUAUCUGCAUGUGGCUGAACCACUUACUCAUUAGGCGCAAAAUGACUUAACAGUGUUACCAUGUUGCAGACUUAAAAUAGGUAGAAGCAGGGACACAAGAAUUUGAGUGCUGGGAAUACCAUUGGGAACUCGGUCCCUGUGAUCUUGGGGAGUGUUUUUGCAGAAAAUGUACUAUCUUUGUUCCUUUUCUGUUUUCUGUUCUAGAAUGUCAGUGCAGUGCACUACUACUGUUGUAUUCCCUUGACCAUUCACUCUUUUUUCUAACAGCUCCAUAUUCUUUCUGUAUACUAAUUGCAUUGCAGCAUUGUGUCUGUUAACCUUGCACACUUGCUUCACAUAGUGCUGUCUCAGAUUUCUAGGCUACUUACUUGAGGUCUGACUUUUCCAUAGAAUAUGCACUGAAACUGCAUUGCCAUUCUUCUAUGGAAAGAAAUUUUUUGAUGCUGAAACAAUAAAGAUUUUAAAUACCAA